UCCACCGUUUUUUUCAAGUGGAGAGAAAAGGCGACUGACGCUUGAACGGGUGGAGACUGCUACACGUUUAAAUCCCCCGGGUCGGUUUUUCAUCUUUCAGCAAGGCCAACUUUUCUUUUUUUCCUUUUCCUCCCAUCCGUUGGAUUAUUUAGAGCUGUUUUAAUGUCGUAAGUUACAGGUCUGCAAGGGCGUCGUUGUUGGGAAGUUUAUUCCGGGGGGGGUGGGGGGGUUUGACCAGCAAAGGGCCAUGGCAGUCGAGGCUCGGCCGGAGCUGGUCGGGAAGCGGUUCCUCUGUGUCAGCGGUGACGAGCCGCCUGAAAUCGGCGACAUUGGUCGGUGGCCGUGGAGGUCCGGGGUUAUACGGGCCGUCAACCAUCGUGACAGCGACAAUGCCGAGCUGACGGUUUAUGUGGAGUUUGAUGACCAGGAGUGGGACAAGAGGGAGUGGGUGAAGGUCUAUGAGGAUUUCCAGCUGUUUCUACUAGAGCAUCAGCUGGUCUGGGCCAAGAGGAAGGAGUGCGCAGCAGCAGCAGCAGGAGGAGGAGGAGCAGGAGGCCUACUGCAGGGAUCCAAGGCCAAACACAUACAGUGGCCUGCCCUGACAUUUAAGCCGGUGGUGGGGGAGCGCCUGUUGUCUUCAGUGGCAGCAGUGGAAUUCUUAUUGGACCGGCAGCUGGACUUCCUGUCAGACCACUCAGCCUACCAUCCGUACCAGGAUGAGGUGGACAGUCAAAGCCCAGUGUUAAGAGACAACCCUCAGCUCCACGAAGAAGUGAAAGGCUGGCUCAAAGACCAGAAGGUGCAGGAGAUUUUUAUGCAAGGUCCCUACUCAUUAAAUGGCUACCGUGUGCGUGUGUACAGACAAGACUCGGCCACCCAGUGGUUCACUGGUAUCAUUACACAUCACGACCUCUUCAGUCGAAACAUGGUCGUUAUGAAUGACCAGGUGCUAGAGCCUCAGAACGUGGAUCCAUCCAUGGUCCAGAUGACCUUUCUGGAUGACGUUGUUCACUCUUUGCUGAAAGGGGAAAACAUCGGCAUUACCUCCAGGCGCAGGUCGCGAUCCAGUCAGAACAGCAACGCUGCCCACAGUCAUUACACACGAGCCCAGGCUAACAGCCCUCGCCCCAUCAUGACAUCAAUAGGCCCCAACUCUAAAGCCUCACAGGGCAUGCUGGCCUCCCAACAACUGAGCCAAUCGCAGCAGAGUCAGCAACCGGCCAGCCAAUUACACCACUCGCCUGGUGGCAGCGGGCGGGAGCAGAGAGAGCAGCGCAACUCUCGUCCUUCCAGGAGGAAGGGAUCAGAUAGCAGCGUUCCAGAGGAGGAAAAGGACCGAAGAGAAGAGGCCGCAGGGCGAGAGCCCAAGUCCAAGGUGAAGCAGUCUGCGAACAAACGCAGGAAAGGUGACGAAGAUGAGAAGAAGGCGGGUCCAAAGAAGCCGAAGACCGACAUGACAUCCGAUCUGUCCGAGAGCAGCGACUCAGAAAAUCCUCACAAUAAGAGAGCCGCCCACUCCUCUUGCUCAUCUUCUUCCUCCACCUCCUCAUCUUCCUCCUCCUCCUCCUCUUCCUCCUCCUCAGAGCCCAACUCUGAGAACGAGCUAAAGACUCGCAGCGACGUGAAACCAAGUGCCAUUUCUAAAAUGGAGGAGGACGAGAAGCCGCUUCUGCAGGGACCCGAGACCAACGAUUCCUCGUCUGUCAUUGGCCGCCUGUCUCCAUGGGCGGAGCUUCAAGCAACAGAGGAUGUCAAAAAGAGCGUAGUGAAGGAAACGAGCAAAAUGUUAUCAAAGGAAGACGAGGAACUGGUCGCCGUAACGCAGAUCACCCAGUCUCCACGGCAACAGACGCCGCUGAUGUCUGAUGUUGUCCAGGGCGGCGUUCUGGAGAACAGCAAGAACACUGUGAAAGCGUCGUCUCGAUCCCAGACGCCGUCGCUGUCCCACCUCCACAGCGCCGGUGUGAUUGACAUCACAGAUGACGCCCAGGCCACCGUGCACCGCGAGAGCUCAGAGGCUGUGUCGGCACUGCUCGCUUCUGAAAAGGCCGAGUCCACGGCCCUUUCGCCUUACCUCUCUCUCAACCCUUCACCCGUCUCCUCGCCUCCUGUAGCGCCGUCUCCCUCGCCAUCGGAGGGAGGCCGCAGGACGGAGAUGGAACCUCCCGUGCAGCAUCAAGGCAUCUUGGGAGGCGGCGUUACGGCGACUAAGAGCGUAAGCAGCAGGCUGGAGUUUGCGUCCUCUGAGGUCAUCAGGCCCGUCACAUCUAUAGCUGAAAAUGUGUUGCUGGUGGAAAAGGAGAAAAAUGUCCUUCCUCACCAUCAUCUUCAUCAGCAGCAGCACCAUACACUACAGUCGUUCCACGCUGGCAUGAAGAGUCCCUCUUUAUCUGAAGAGACAAGAAAGCACCCUCAGCAGCAACCAGCCCCCCACAAGAUGAACACGGUGCUCCCCCCUGACAUAUCUAAACCUCAGAUCAGCUCCAGCCCAAACCCCGCUCACCUGGACUCCCUGAAGCAGAAAUCCCGCCCCGACAGCUCUCAGAGCCCCUCCUACCCCAACGCAAGUCAAGCUGAUCUCGUCAAAGCUAAGGCCCACGCAGGCCUGGCGGACAUCUCUAAACCUAAACCUAACACCUCCCCCGAGGUAUCUAAACAUAAAAUGCUGAGGUACUCGGAUACUUCCCCGCCUCCACCGUCUCGUUUGCCAGUUAAAAUCGAGUUGGCAGAACCUCCGCGGUCUGGCUUCAAGCCAGUGCGGCUAGAGUCGGGCGCGGUCAGUACGAGCAGCAGCACAAAGAGUCCGCUGAUUAUCAAGAAGAAUGAGCCCUUCACUGUUUACAGAGACCCAGCUCUGGUUCGCUCCGACGCAGAGAACUCCGCCUCUGCAACAGUCUCAUCCAAUCACGUGGCAGCCUAUCUCCAUCCCCACCUGCACGCGUUGCACUCCCCCCACUCGCCCUGCCUUACCCCUGCGUCACACCCCCACGCAGCUUCCCAUCUCCUUGCUCCUGCUCACACCUCCGCCCUGCCUCACCCACACCUUUUGCCUCCCACUGUGCUCCCAGCCAUGGCCCCUCCUGCAGCAUCUCUCCACCCUCGACUCGACUCUCCGGGAGGUCUGGGUCACCUUGCUCUGCCCCACCAGCAGCAGUACCUACAGGGCCAGGGCCACCAUUCGCCAUCUCUUCUAGCCCAAGCUCACAGCGGGGCUGCAGGACUUGGUCUGUACCCAAUCCUGUGGCAGUACCCCAACGGAACGCCAACGUCCUACCCACCAGGGCUCAACCUGGGUGGACCCACGGCUAAGUGGGUCCACCCUGAAAAUCCUGUUACUGUGAACUCUGAGGCCUCUCUUAGGAGGAAUGCUGCCAGUCCAUGGCUCCAUAAGACUGCUGCUGCUGACAGUUUGGGAAUGCUGAGCCACGUUCCUGUCCGGCCAGCCAGCGCCGAUGCCCACCGCCCUCCCGUCAAGAUCGCCCACACGAGCCCUCCGUUGUCAAAGACCAGCAUGGAUCUUCAUAAAGAAGUGGAGAAAAUCCACGCUGAGGAAAAGAACUACUUCCUGUCAAACCAGACGGUCUCGCAGGUCACGAGCCCAGGAGCUCUGUCGAUGAGCAUCUACCACACCAGCUCCAAAAACUCCCUCUCCAAGCCCCCUCCUCUCAUCAAGCACCAGCCGGAGGGAGGAGAAGGUUUAGCGGGGAAAAUCACGGAGCAGCUCAGUCAGCAGGUGACCCUCGUUCAGCCGCAGCAUCAGCUCCACGCAGGCGUAGACAGGAUAGACCGUCGCAGCCCUGCUAUUUCUCCUCCUUCCUCCACGUUGUCCUCUUCAUCUUCAGCCUCUAACCAACACCAUCACCAUCAUCACCUGCAGCAGCAGCAACAGCUCAGGGCAAUGCCAUCUCUCCACCGAGCACCUGUCUUCCAUCCACCCACACAGCACGCGCUGGAACGCAAAGAGGCUGCAGAGAGGGAAAGAGCCGCGCACGGUGGACGCCUCUCUCCUCCAACCCUCACUCCCAUUCAGCCAGUAACUGGUAGCAAAACAUCAGCAGAGCAGCAGAAGCCCCCCACGUUGCUGCCAGAGCUCAGGGACAUCAAAGGUCACGGGACUGCUGCUGCCAUCACCUUUGUGGCCUCUGCCACCCCCGGAGAGAUGGCGGCUCCAUCCGCAGAUGGGUGCAAAGGUAGAGACUUGAUCGAGGAACGAGGAGGGGUGUGCUCUGGAGAUAAGGGGUUCUCUAAAAAUAAGCCCCAGUCGGCAAUGGCAUCGGUCAUUGUGCGAUCGUCUAUAAAGUACGACAGUCCCGUUGGUGCUAAGAAAUCUGGUGCUCUUAUCCACAAAGAGCUCCCCCAGGGGAGGUUCUACACAUCGAAGUUUCAGGACGAAUGUCCACGAGAACCUGCAGCAGGUAGGGUCAUCCAGCCUAACUUGAACCUGGAGGGUUAUAAAAAGACUCCUGUGCCAGGUGUGUCAGGACCUGUGGGAGCCGGUGCUACAAACUCUGUGUGCAGGACUGCCAUUUUAGUCUCCUCAGCUUUUGGCUCUCAGAGUAAAACCAGGAGCGCUACUCCUGAGCCAGUUUACUCGGCUCGAUGUGACUUUGCAGCGCUCAAACCUGGCACUGGGGGUCGGGUGCUCUGCCAUAUAAGACCAGAGACGGAAAAGGAGCUCCAGGAGGGCUUUGGCUCACACGCAUCUCCAGGCGUCUCUCUGAAUCCUGCGAGUGUAGCAGGAGCACCCCGCCCCAGCCCAAGCCUUACCCCAACACCUAGCUCAAUCUCUGGCUCGAGUCAGCCUUACGCCUCUUCGUUUAUCCACCUCAAGAAGCACAAAGCUGCUUUAGCUGCGGCACAGUCCAGAAGCAACCUUUCUACUCCUCCCUCGUCAGUCACAGCUGAAAAUUCUUCCUUAACUGUGGAUUCCACUGAGAAAACCCCCAUUUCCAGCUCCCCGCCUCCACCUGCUACUAGUCAGGCCUCCUCGGUCUCGUUUGACAGCAGCAGCAAUAGCUCAGCGAGCAGGAGUACCACACCAGGCAAGUCAAGUCCCCUGCUUAAUGGCCAGUCCCUGGGAUCAGCCUUACCGAGCUCUGCGCAGCCCAACAACUACCACAAGCUGAAGAAAGCCUGGUUAACCCGGCACUCCGAGGAGGACAGGAACACCGCUACCACUACAAGCUCCAGUAUGAAAGUGGAGAAAAGUCCGAGCACCACUACCACAAGCAACACAGCAGCCAUGUCAGAAAUGAUCAAGCCCUGUACCGUCAAUCUCAGCGCCUCCACCUCCAACGAGGUCGAGAUGAGCAAAGACAUUGGAAGCAAAGGUGACAGAGACAGACAGCCUGAGGACAAGUUGGCCGGAGCUCCAGGAGGCGGGGAGGAGAGAAAAGUGGGGUCAAGGAGGGUGAACAAACGCACAUACGAGUCUGGUUCGGAGAGCGGGGCAGAUGAUUCUGACACCAGCGAGAGCAAGAUGGAGGGCCGAGCCAAGCGUCAGCCUAAACCGACCUACAAGAAGAAGCAGAACGACAUGGCCAAGAAGAAAGGAGACAACGACAGAGAGGAAGACGACGUGAAGCCCAACGGCAUCUUCAGAUCGGCCCGAGAGAAGACUAAACUCAAACUGGCCAGCAGCAAUGGGAUCCCUCGCUCUGUGCUCAAGGACUGGAGGAAAGUGAAGAAGCUGAAGCAGACGGGAGAGUCCUUCCUGCAGGAUGAUUCAUGUUCAGAAAUUGGCCCCAACCUGCAGAAGUGUAGGGAGUGCAGGGUGGUCCGCAGCAAGAAAGGGGAGGAGCCCGCUCACUCCCCCGUCUUCUGUCGUUUCUACUAUUUCAGACGGCUUUCCUACAGCAAGAAUGGCGUCAUCCGGAUGGAUGGCUUCUCCACUCCAGACCAGUUUGACGAUGAGGCCCUCAGCCUGUGGGUCCCGGGGCCGAUGGAGCAGAGCCACCUGGACCAAAGCACAGCCAAGUACAUCCUGAGCUUCAUAGGAGACAAGUUCUGUCAGAUGGUAGCAACAGAGAACACUGCAUCCAGCUGGAUUAAGAAGGAUGCCAAGCUGGCGUGGAAGCGAGCAGUGAGAGGGGUGAGGGAGAUGUGUGACGCAUGUGAAGCCACACUUUUCAACAUCCACUGGGUCUGUCAGAAAUGUGGCUUUGUCGUCUGCCUAGACUGCUACAAGGCCAAGGAGAGAAAGAGCUCCAAAGAUAAAGAGCUGUAUGGAUGGCUAAAGUGUGUUAAAGGCCAAGCCCACGACCACAAACACCUCAUGCCCACCCAGAUCAUCCCUGGCUCAGUGCUGACAGACUUGGUGACGUCCAUGCACGCCCUGAGAGAAAAACACAACAUAAGCUCUCACUGUCCCUGUGCCAGCAAACAGAACCUUCUCACCAAACUGCCUGCCACCAACGGAGUCUCACAGGUUCUGCAGAAUGUUCUGAAUCACAGCAACAAGCUGUCCCUGGUGAAAGCUGAGCCAGGCUCUCUGCAGACCUCUGACCUAGGAGGAGUUAAGUCAGAAACUAACGGAGGAGGUGGUGGAGGAACCAGUCCAGGUAACGACGGUGCAAAUGCUCCCAUCACCCCGCCAGAGUCCCAGUCGCCUCUGCACUUCCUGGCAGACUUGGCAGAGCGGAAAUCCAGGGAGGAAAAGAAAGAAAACAAAGAGUCGGUGGUGCUGGGUAAAUCUGUGAAGGAGGACAAAGAAGGGGACAGCCUGGAAGUCCUGCAGCAGUGCAAAACCCCCUCACUGGGUAACAGUACAGAGCAGGGCUCCACACUCAGAGAUCUCCUCACCAGCACAGCAGGGAAGCUGAAGCUGGGCUCCACUGACGCAGGAAUAGCCUUUGCACCGGUCUACUCCACUGCUUCACAGACUGGGAAGGGUGGGCGGAGCAUGCCCAAUAUCCUCGAUGACAUCAUUGCUUCGGUUGUAGAGAAUAAAAUCCCCGCCAGCCGCCAGAACAUCAGCACUAAGUUGUCAGCGAAGCAAGAGCCCAUCACCCUAAGUAUCAACAAUAACGCCCCAGCUGAGGAAGCCAAAGCAGAGAAGAAGAAGUCAGCACCUGUUACUGCAGCAGAAGCGGAGGACUCGAGCAGUCAGCAUCCAGACAUCCCUCACUGCUGGCUGAACAACAGACGGCUACUGUGGCUCCGAGAUCACCGCAACCAGAACAACUGGAAGCUCUUCAGAGAGUGUUGGAAGCUCGGACAGCCUGUGCUGGUGUCUGGGAUCCAUAAGCGACUGAAUGCCAGUCUGUGGAAGGCCGACUCCUUCAACCAGGAGUUUGCAGACCAUCAGGGAGACCUCCUGAACUGCAAAGACCAGGUGCUGUCCAACUCUGGGAUCAAGGAGUUCUGGGAUGGAUUUGAAGACAUCACCAAGCGACCAAAGUCCAAAGAUGGCGAGCCCAUGGUUUACCGACUGAUGGACUGGCCAUCUGGAGAAGAGUUUAUGGCCCUCAUGCCUUCAAGAUAUGAUGACUUGAUGAAGAACCUGCCUCUGCCAGAGUACUCUGAUCCAGAAGGGAACCUCAACCUGGCUUCUCACCUGCCUUCAUUCUUUGUCAGGCCAGAUCUGGGGCCAAGACUCUGUUGUGCCUAUGGUGUAGCUGCAUCUCAGGACCAGGACUUUGGGACUGCAAAACUCCACGUGGAAGUGUCCGAUGUGGUCUCUGUUCUGGUCUAUGUUGGAAUAGCCAAAGGCAAUGGAGUCCUGUCCAAAACUGGAGUGUUGAAGCGUCUGGAAGAGGAGGAUCUAGAUGAGGGGGUUCGAAAGAGAUUAAAAGACUCGAGUGAAACACCAGGGGCGCUGUGGCACAUCUACCUCAACAGAGACAUGGACAAAGUCCGAGACUUCCUGCACAAGCUCUCUAAGGAGCAGGGUUUGGACGUGUCGCUGGACCAGGACUCCAUCAGAAAGCACGCAUGGUACCUGAGCAGGAAGCAGCGUCAGCGGCUGCUGGAUGAGCAUGGCGUCCAGGGCUGGACAGUCGUUCAAUUCCUGGGAGACUCUGUCCUUAUACCUGCAGGGGCCAUGCAUCAGGUCCAAAACCUCCACAGCUGUGUUCAAGUCAUCAAUGACUUUGUGUCUCCUGAGCACGUGGCUAACUCCUUCCACCUGACCCAGGAGCUACGACCCAACAACGAGGAGGUCAACUAUGAAGACAAACUACAGGUGAAGAACAUCCUGUAUCAUUGUGUGAAGGAGGCAGCGAGUUCCCUUAGAAAGAGCGGCUCUGAGAAAGACGACGAGGAACACAACUCAUGAUGCCCUCUCAGCCUCGUUCAUGCCUUCCACAGAUGGCUGCGACUCCCAUCAGCACCUCGCCCUUUCCACACCCUCCUCCUUCUGCCAUGGAGGGCUGUGUCACGUGACCACAAUAAAAGGCUGGCUCAAAGCUGGUCAUGUGAUCCAGAGGACCUCACAGUGUGACCCACAUUCAUGUCACACAUCGAGUGGCCAGUGAGAGGCACUGCCGCCCUUGUCAUCACCCCAAACCUUUAGUGCCAAGAGGAGACAAAUUGAAGAGCAGCUGGGCUGAGAGGGCUGAAAGCCCCACAGGCUCCAAACACAAAGCGAACGCUGGCUGGGAGCCUCACUAGAGCCAGUGUGAUGGAGUGAAUCAGCACUACAAACCUCCAAACGCGUCUGCAUCCAGCUGAAAUGCAGUUUCCACGGAGGCUCAGACUGUCGUAGCAGCACUGGUGGAGCCGCGCUCACUGCUUUGGAUGAUAAAGGCCAGGAACUCUAACCUAUGGCAGCAGCUAACACAGCUGAUGGCGUCAGCAUCACCAGCAGCAUUAGGAUCAAAACUGGCAUCUCUGAUGUUUCGAAAGGCAAAAAGACACACGAGGGCGGAAAAUGCAAACCAGAAAUCUCAGCUGUUUUAGUCAGCAGCCUCUGCUGCUCCCUCGUUUCUCGUUCCUUCGUGUCGUUCUUGUCCUUUUUUCUAGUUUUGUUGUGCUUUUUUUUCAGGAUUUCUUUCAUCUAACCUUGUUUUAUCUCCUCUGUGAAGAUGUAUUUAUUUCAUAGCUCUAUGAAAUGCAGUGUUAUUGAAACAAAAUGCAUUAUGUAAAUGUGAGUUGUACAGUUUGUUUUCUUUUGCUGUUUUUCAGUUGUAAUACGGCUCUACUGUGAUGGAGGACACACACACACACACACACCAGCUAAUGCCUGUACUUUGGGAAAUGUUGACGCUCUACAGUCCUCAUGCCAUAAAUACAUUUUCUGAAAAUGACCUGCCAAACUAUUGUAGACUGUGUAAAGUUGUAUUAUGUAAAGGAAACAACAAACGAAAUGGCUUAUACACGUCAGCAUUUUAUGAAAUAAGUAUUUGCUGUAAAAAUGAGACAUUUACAGAAAAGAUGUAAUUUAUUUAAGAAAAGAAUUGAUUGUCUUGUUUUUGUUAAGAUUUACUAUGGUGACAUUUUGAAGUUAAAACAUAAAAUAAAGAAAAAAUGAACUAUAAUAUGUACAUAUAUACAUC